AUGUCUCGUUCUUUUAUUCGUUGCGUAGUGGAUAUAUAUGUGAAACCAGAAUCAAUAGAAAAGGUACGUGCUAUAUUAUUGAAAAUUGUAGAAGAUUCACGUACAGAAGAUGGUUGCGUAGAGUAUCACUUAUUCGAAAAUAUUAGUGAUAAAUUUCAAUUUACAUUUAUUGAAAUAUGGGAAAGUGAAGAUGCAUUUGAAGAUCAUUUACAAUCUGAUCAUAUUCGACAAGCAAGUGUUGAUGUGAACGGAGAUUUAUCAAAAACUCCUGACAUAAAACGUUACAAAUAUGUACAAGUGACUUCAAGAAAAAAGAAUUUAAGUAAAAUCAGUCGUUUUUGUACAUUAAUUUAA